UCCAAUAAAAAUUUAAUGCGCUACAAGCUAGUUUCCCACUGAAAUGGUUGCCCAUGCACUCUUCGAUAUGCAUUUACAUGUUGACUUUAAUGGAGGACAGAUCAUGAAUCAAUUAAGAAUAAAAAAUUGUAACAUCAAAAAUUACACCAGAAAACAUGACAGAUUAAUACAUAACCUUCAAUGGCUAUGAUAUAUAAACGAUAGACGGCGGCAAGCAAAACGUACGACUGCUUCUCGAGACAGAAUAAUGUUAUCUCAUUUAUGCAAUGUGGACAUUUGAAAGUAUUUGAAUGUCCAUUUAUUUUUGUCUAAAAGACCUGCAACAAAUAAGCCCGGAGGUUUCAAACGUAUGUGGAAUCUUUUUACAGUGAAGUAAGAGACUUAAAAUUCUUAACGGACGCCACAAACAACUUUCAGGUCAAAUUCUACAGGAGUUCUCCAAAAGAAAAUAAUAAUAAUAAAAUAAAAUAAAAUGAAAUAAAAUAAGAUAAUUCCUCUGAUAAGUUUAGAAUAACAACAUGCAGCAACCGGUAUUUCAAACACUUAGUAUCGUUUUCCAUUCUACACGUCAAUCAAUUAAAGAGCUACAUACAAUAAUAGUAGUUAAUGUUUGAGCAGUGCAAUGCCCUCAUUACAAUCUCAAUUUUGAAGCUAAAUUGCAAACUGCGCAGGAAGACAAACAACCAAAAAAUGAUCAUAAAAAUGAGUCCAAUGAAUACUUUUCUUUGUCUGGUAUGCUGUCAGUAUGACUGAACGUUUUCCCUCACAAUGGUUUGCUGUAUACCGCUGCUAGGUCAUGCAGAACCACGGAGCAACAAGCGGAAAGCGCAUGCGAAAGUUCGAAGUCGAGAUUACAUAAGACAUAAGACAUAAUGGGUGCUGUUGUUUGCCUUUAUUUGGAUUGUAUGAUAUACUAGGGUCAAGGUAUUUGGACAAGCAAAAAGGGUUGAUCAUAUCAGAGAUCACGAUAUGACACCCAAGAGCCAUUAUUCUUGAGCUAGUAAUUUGCAUACAAUAUUCUCAGCCCCGCAAGAAUAAUAUGAGAUCAAGGCCUACUCAUAUAGGAAAAUAAAAAUUUAAUUCCAGUGAGACAAUUUUUUUUUCACUUUCAUCACUCCAGAAUUUCCAGAUCAGAUGCAUUUGUGAUUAUUUUUCUUAGAAUGCGCUUGUACACUUAAUGCUUCUUGUCCUUUCUGGAGGAUUACAGCAAGAAAUACUCUUUCAAAUUUUUUUUGGGUCACUUCAACAUUUGAGUUCUGUUGUGUGGCAGUUUUUCAAAUACGUAUUUUCUGAGAUUUAGCUCUACUCAAUUUUGACAGUGGCCAAGUAUUUCUGCUUUUCCUGUUUCGGCUAAAUCUUGAACGGUAUCCCGGGCUGGACUCUACAAUUUUAAAAAUAGGGGUGUGUACCUUUGAACAUGGGGUUGGUGACGCUGCAGCCGUACCAUAUGCAAAUGUGGUUGUCCCAACAUAAAGGAAAGUUAAACAAAUAGGCGUUUUGAUUGAAGCAUCCACGUCCAUAAACUUACCACAGGUGCACAGGGUCGGGAGAAAUCAAUUCCCUGUGUUCUGGUAACUGGUGUCGUCCCUGGUUUAAAAGGUCCUACCGUUCAGUUAAAAUAUAGUGAGAAUUUACCAUGCAAUACCGUGAUGCUCGAGCGUGACUGGCCAAUCAAGAUUAGCCAAAGCAUGGAGGACUGUAUAUACCAAAUGGAUUAACUACGGUUGCACGUUGGGGUAAGUCGGUAAGUUGUGACUAUCUCUUUGCUUGGAGGGUAAAACAGCCAUGAGUAGCCCACAGAGGCCGGGGCUUGCGGCGCCUCUCCACCCGGCGCAUCUACCGCACUACCUGGUCCACGAUCACCGGUCUCCGCUCGGCCAGGACUGGCAGACAACAUCGCACUGCAUUGGUGGUGAGGGGCCCUUACCAGAGUCAACGUUUCCACCGGAUAGCGAAUCUUGGACAACAAAAAAUGCCAGGAUUAUUGCCCUGCGCAAGGAGAAGUCACGUGAUGCCGCCCGCAACCGCCGUGGCAAAGAGAACUACGAGUAUUACGAAUUGGCCAAGAUGCUUCCACUACCUGCUGCCAUCACUAGCCAGUUGGACAAAGCGUCCAUCAUCCGGCUGACCAUAAGCUACCUGAAGAUCCGAGACUUUGCCAUGCAGGGUGACCCUCCCUGGCAUAACUACCCUGACGGACACAGUGGGAUAAGCAGGACACUCUCCUCAGUGCUACAAGGUCGGUUUUCACAACAACAUUCUGGAGUGUCUGCGAUAGCACAGGAGGUUUUUGAACACAAUCUCGGCGGCCACAUUCUUCAGGCCUUUGACGGUUUUCUCUUUGCACUGAGCAAUGAUGGUAGAUUUCUCUACAUUUCAGAGACUGUAUCUAUCUACCUUGGCCUUUCACAGGUGGAGCUGACAGGCAGCAGUGUCUUUGACUACAUCCAUGCCAGCGACCGCAACGAGUUGGCCGAGCAACUCGGGAUGAAGCUGCCUCCCUCCCGGACCGUGUCGCAAACGUCGGUGGGUACUGGGAGUAGCGAUGGAUGCCAGUCAUCGCCUAUGGACUCUCCAACCUCUCCAAACAAUGAGACCCUGGGGUUGAGCAUGACAUCAUCAGAAUCCAGCUACAUGCGUAGUUUUGUCAUCCGAAUGAAGUCCACCUUGACCAAGCGAGGGGUGCAUAUCAAAUCUUCUGGCUACAAGGUGAUCCACAUCACAGGAUCCAUGCGUCCUCGCAUGGUGCUGACCCAGUAUUCCCGCCACGCCCCGGUCAUCAUGGGAUUUACUGGUGUGGCCCAGUCCUUACCCCCACCAACUGUCAACGAAAUCCACCUAGAGCCCACCAUGUUUGUAUGCAAGCUAGACCUUGACCUUACCAUUGUCUUCUGUGAAGCCAAAAUUCAAGAGUUCAUUGACCUUACAGCUGAAGAUGUGACCGACAAGAGUUUGUAUUCCUUCCUACAUGCCGAGGAUACAGCCAGCAUGAGAAAUUGCCACUGUGACUUGUUGAGUAAAGGUCAGAUGAUCAGCCACUACUUCCGAUGGAUGUGCAAGUCGGGCGGCUAUGUCUGGGUGCAAUCCACAGCUACACUGGCCUAUGCCAGGACGUCCAAUGACAGGUCGUUCAUGUUCAUCAACCAAGUCAUUAGCAAUGCAGAGGCUACAGAUACCAUCAUGGAUGUCAGCCAGAUGAGCUCUCUGCCCCCAGACACCCUCAAAGGGGAGACAUCGGAUGGUUCCGGUCACGAGUCUGACAUGGGCAAUACCAGCCCAGAUGACACCAAGGGAAAAUCUGUGAAGACUGAGAAGACUUUGAAGUAUUCAAAGAAGGCCACUCAGGAGUCUUCGACCAGCCGAGGCAAGUCCCCAUCUCGGAUGAGGAAGAGAAAGACCCACACAGACCACAAGGACACCAAGAGGCACAGGCAGGCCAGCCCCAUAGAGAUGCCGGACAAACUCCCCGUUGGAGAGGAACCCACUGUGGAAUCCAAGACGGUCAUUGUCGACGGCAGCGCCGAGGGAAAAAGUCAGGAGGUCAAAGCCCAGCAGAUGCAUGGCCAUGCUAGAAAACCAAAGAAGGUGUUAGAGGACCAGCACCUGAGGCAGUCACAGGAGGAGAAGGAGACAGUCCCUCCGAUGAAAACCACCAACAGUGAUGUCGGCUGUCCAGGAUGUGAACCCAUCGAGGACGAGCCCUCACCCGGCUACAUCUCGCCCAUCAAUCAUUCUGUAAGCAGCAACGGUCGGGACUCGGACUCCUUCAGUAAUGGAAGUCAGAGCGCCAGCAGCCGUGUCAAGGAAGGUUGGGACAACCCACCCAACAGGGAAGUCCCUCGUGACCCAGAAGUCUCCAGGGGUUACCAGGAGGUAGGAGUGGGCAGCGGGAGGCAAGUAGGAACAGAGGACAGUAUCAUCAUCCCUAAGAGGUCCUGCUGUAAAGGAGGCUCAGGGUGUAGUCCCAAACCCCCAGACAGUAUGCUGACUCCACCCCUCUCAGACAGCUGUCAAUCCCAAUUUGUGCUUCCGCCGGUCAGCUCCCUGAGCGACACCAAGACCAAACACUACUCCACGGACUCUGUUCCUGCCAUGCUGACCAGCAGAAGCAGCAGCAACAACAACCACCACCCUUUGCCGGUCAGCAAGGGUUUCUCCAACCAGUCCGUGGUCAGCCCGGACGUGGAGCUGGUCAGCCCCCAGCCGAGCCAUGGGGUCUUGUCCAAAUCACAACCCAUCACCAAUCCCCCCACUGACGUGGAUUCGCCCAACUCGGCCAGCGGCAAGACCGAGCACCUGUACAACACCCACCCCAGGGUCAUCACUGCCGUGUCGUCUGCUUACGCAGGCAUGCCUUACGCCAGCUACGGACAAUAUUCCAACUUCCAACAGUAUCCAAGUCCAGUCAACCUGGCCGCCCACCAUGGAUACCAAAGCAACCCCUACACAGACCACUACAAGAACUUCCGCAGUGCUCACGACAUGCCCAUGGAUCUGUCCUAUAACAAUGUCGGUAGCUAUGCCAACAUGUCCAUCCUGCAUGGCAACAUGACCACAGGAGGAACUACCCACCCAUACUACCAUGCUGCCAAGAUGGGAUAUGCCACGGCACCCGAAACAAGUCUUCAAGUCAUCCACGACAGAGGCUGCCUUGAUGAAGCAACCAAGGCUUCCAAUGCAAAAGUUUGAUGUUACCUACUUUUCUGGGUGACAAGAUAGCUAUUUCUCCCUCUUUUAUAAGAGUGCACAGUCACAACUUGUAAGGAAUAGAGUCCCUUGAAGGAGUGUUAGCAAAGACACAGUGAUGGUAUUCGUAAGGUUAGAGUUGGGAAUUUGUAAGGAAAGCUAGUCAGCUUUUCAUAAUCAAGAAUGAGAGGGGAAAAGGUAACCAAACCCAUCUGUUUGGCUUUCAUGUAACACUUUGUAGCUAUCUUUGUCAUGGGAAAACACAAAGAAAGGUGCUGGUGUACCAACCUAUGACAUUCGAUCACACUGCCUAACAGUGCAUAGCAUUCAACCAAUCAUUAAUUGCUUGUCACAAAACUCUGAUGUAAUGGUAUCUUUUUCUUCUACAGUUCAGAAACAUUCUUUGACAUGGUGCCCCUGAUUUAUCAGCAUGCCCUAGCAGCAAUCAUCUUUUGGCAACACACUCAAGCUGUAAAGUUAUUACAGUCAUUUCUUAUUCCUAAAAAGUGCAUAAGCGCUGUUUGAAAUCCUGAGGAAGUUACAAUAGGAAACAAAUCAAUUUUUUUU